GGUUCCACACAAGGGCGAAGGAGAAGAAGAACCUGCUGUUUCGUAUAAGCAGUUUUAUCGAGUUCCAAAGCAGGGCAGCCCCUGUUUAUGCUUUGCAGCUGUUGUCCGGAGCUAAAUCGCAAUGGAAAACGUGGCAGGAGCUAAGAAGUUGGUAGAGGGAAGCACAGAGGCCAAGCAGCCACGAAAUUGUAGCAAAGAAACGUCUCCAGCAAUCAUAAUCAAGCAUAGAGAGUUUGACGAGCAGCGAGACAACUUAUUUCACAGCCGAUGUGAGAUUAACGGCAAAAUCGCUUCGUUGGUGAUCGAUGGAGGGAGUUGCGCGAAUUUGAUCAGUACGUAUGCCGUAGAAAAGCUUGAGUUGAAAACCCAGAAGCACCCUAAACCGUAUCAUCUCACCUGGCUCAACGAACAUGGUGACUUGAAGGUCAACAAACAAGUGCAGAUCGAGUUUAGCCUUGGUAACUAUUCGGAUUCUGUGCUUUGUGAUGUUGUUCCAAUGCAAAACGCCGAUAUUUUGCUGGGUAGACCUUGGCAAUUCGAUAGAAGGGUGAUCCACGAUGGUUGGGAGAAUUCGUACACCCUCAAACACGAUGGAAAGAAGAUCAAACUGAAGCCUAUGUCGCCCGACGACGUUUAUGCCGAUCUCAAGACAAUGGAAGAGAGGAUGAACGAAGGGAAGGGUGUCAAAGCUCAGUUGUGGGUACAACGCAACAUUGGGUUCAAUUUUAUGAGCUUUAGGAAGCCUCGGAAUGAAGGAUUCUCGCUGGAAUCCACUGAUCAGAACGACCCCUGUUCUGCCCAGAAAAUCCCCUGUUUUGCGCUAAUAACACAGAACACCGAGAAGCCAAGACACUUCGACAAGUUUCAGGAUGAAUCGAGCAAGCCAGAUGGUUCAGAGGUCUUACUCGAAGGUGAAGGAAUUCUGAUCAGUGAAGCAGACGAUUCAGCGAUCCCCGAGGAUGCUCAAAUCGAGCCAUUGACGAGAGCAGCGGAACUCUGUUCGUCAACGACGAUGGUGCAGAGCAGGAGAGAGGUGCAAUUGGUCGGAGCAACUGGGGCGACUUUGACCUCAACCACCAAUGCCCACACAUCCCAAAUAUUCCCAAGAAACUCUUCUAUUGAAUUGAUUGACUCGAAUGCAGCCCUGAUCGCGAAUCCAAAUCUGGAAAAACUUGCCCUGAAAAGGGUCGAAUAUGAAGCAAAAACCCACGAAUGGGUCGGGGCAACUACAGCUGAAUCGAUGUCAAUUGGGAGUUCAGAAUCGAAGGGAGGGACUUUACGAAGCUGUGGGAUCGUUCAAUUUGCCACGGCCACCCCUGAGUCGAAAACACCCAAUCUGGGUUUUUUGAACCGAAACGUGAAGAACAACAAGGGCGAGAAGAGAGAAUCAGUUUCGGGUUUUGAGCGUGAUUUGAUCUGUUCGAAUGCGUGGAGUCGAUUUCUGGCUGCCAAAGGAUGGUUUAGAUGCGCAGAUAUCAGUACGAAAUUGCAAGAAUCACAAUUCCCCAAUUUCGCGUCUUGGUCGCCGGAAACUGGGUUUAAUUCGCCGGUUUCUGGAGAUUUCAAAGUUCUCAGUGGCGGGAAAUUUGGCGGCAAUGAAUUGGAGCGACUUCGGCGACGUCGAGGCAUGGAAGGGGUUGGAAUCAUACCCUGGAGUCAAUUCGAACCUGAUGGAUGUGAAAAAUUGGAGCGAAAGGGCGUGAGUAAGAAAGCCCCAAAUUUGGAGCCCUCGCCGGAGUUCUUGCCGGCGCCGGCUUCUGGGAUUUUAUCGUCGGAAUCUGGAAAUUUGAAAUCGUGUGUUCUGGGUUUGUUUGAUCGAACUGAUUGCUUGGGGAAGGUCCAUUGGAGCCCUAAGAAUCUACUGAAACUCAAAUCGUGGAGAACAGAAGCCAAUUUACGAGCUGAAGAAGAAUUUGACGUUCAAAAUUUUUUGCCGAAAAGUGUGUUUGGGCAGUCCUCUUUCGAUCCAAUUUGGGAUCAAUUUUGUUGCAAUUUUGCGAAGAGGUCAGAACAAGCUUUGAGGGCAAAGCUUUUUGAAGAGGGGGAGCCUGAUAUGAUCCAAAUUGGCCACUUCUACAAGUCACAAUUACUUGCCAAAGAAGCUAUCAAGGUUGGAAAGAAGAAUGGCAGAAUUUGGCUAAGUCAAAUCCGUGUUCAGGGUACAUACUUUGGAGGCAUGGUUCUCGCAAUUGGCUUGGUGGAAAUUCAAUUUUAAGGAUUUGUUUUGCAGAUAAAGUUACCAUCUUUCCAAUGGUAUGCUGUAUGGAUCCAGAAGAUGUCAUUAAGGUUGUUUUCCAAGUCCUCAAAGUUGCUACCUCAAAACUGGAAAACUGCCAGAAAAUGGUUAAGUCUGGAAACUGUUUUGUGAAGCCUACUUUGGAGCUUAAUUCGAGGAGUAUGGAUCUUAUUCAUGUCCAAAGGCUUCUACAACAUGAAACUAGGUAUGUUUAUCUACCAAGGGAAGGAAUUGGAUGACAGAUUGAAGUUCUGGAAAGCCUUGAACAAAAGGCGCGAAGUUAG